ACGAUUAGGUCACCGUGGUUUAGCAGGUUCUUCGAACAUUAUAGGUAAGCACUCAGGCGUGUUACGUGUCUUCCUUUUCGAUUAAAUUGCUGCUUUCUUUUGAGAUUUGUUGGGCAUUCUGUUUUCGAAUUCUCUUGAAUAUAAACAGACUCCUUUACGACAGUAGGGGGCGUCAUUACGCCUCGUACUACAUGCCGGAACUGCAUUCGUCGAAGAAGAAGGAUGUCGUUAGCUUCAGCGUUGGAUGAGAAAAUGCAAUAACGUUAGUCUCACACACAUUUGGAUGUUUUAAAGUAAUGGGCUGAUUUCCACUUGUGUUCAAGAUGGAGAGAAACAGAAAGUGCAUCCUAUGUGAAACGGUCCAUGCCUCCAAGCAGGAAAUGGAUGAGCACAUGAGAAGUAUGCUGCACCACCGUGAGCUGGAGAAGCUCAAAGGCCGGGACUGUGGACACGAGUGCAGGGUGUGCAAGGUAACGGUGGUGAGCCUGACUGAUUAUGCCAGCCACAUUUCCAGUCCCACGCACAAGCAGAAUGUGGAGGCAGCAGAGCAAAAGCAUGGUGGGAGAGCCCAGGAUGAGGACUACUUUGAUCAGGUUUUGGUGGAUCUGAUUGAGAAGAGAAAAGACCAGAUCAGAAAAGAGAAGGAGGCUGCUGCUGCAAAGCUGGCAAAAGAGGAGGACGAUCGAAAGAGAAAAGAGGAGUUUCAGAAGAGGUUACAGGAAACUAAGGAGCGUUACCGAAUAGAUUGUAACUGGCAGAAGUCACCACAGGGAUUCAGUGGAUACGGUCAGCAAAGUUCUUAUUACAGGAAUAAUCGAUAUAACUGCAGGGAAGGGGAGGUACGACCCUGGCACCACACUAAACAGGGAAAGAGCGCCACCUGGCACGCUCAGGAGCCUCCUAACUUCCAGAAAUGGGCAUCUGGACAGUUUGCUGGUGGAAACUUGCAUAGCCGUGAAGGCUGGGACAACAAGCAGUGCGAUCAGGGUGCAUUUUCGGGCAGUCAACGAAGUCGACUGCCUUGGCUCAGCAACGGAGGCAGCAGUCAUGGUGUCUAUGGUCGAAACAACAUUUCCCAAAAUGCACACAGGGGACGGCCCCUGAGCCUUGUGGAGCAUUAUCCAAUGUGUCCACCUCCACCCAGUUUUUUUGCCGAGGCACUUAACCAGUUUCAAAAUUCAGGCAACGACCAGCGAGGUCAACAGGGUGAUGGGCUUCAGAAUGGGGAGGUACAAACCGCCGAACUUGACCACAACAGUAAUAAGAGCUCUAAGAGCUUUGGUAGCAAUCCAAAGCUGGACAAAGCCUGUCGCUGGUCACCCUAUCCAGUCACAAAGGGGUUUGAAUCUGUGCCCCAUAAAGAUACCAACCCAAAUUCGUCAGAGAAGUUCCCUAAACUCCAGAGGCAAGACAAGACACCAGAAACCAGGGCCUUUAACAGACAGUCCCGACCUGAACAGAAACCAGGGCAGUCGACUUCAAGUGGACAAAGUGCAGAAGACAAAGGAAACCAUAAAACAAGCACCAAACCCAGAGAUCGGAGUAGCAGCAGCAGUAGAAGCAGCAGUGCUCAGAGAGAAGACCACCAGAACUCUGCCCCUGGUUCUUCCAAUCAAAAGGCAACUAAGUCACUGCUACAGAAAGAGUGGAAGAAGUCCUCAGUGUUUGGCCUCAGCGGUGGAGCUCACCUCAGCAAGGCCUCCAGUAACGCUUAUGCACAAUCAAAGCAGAACACAAAGCAGAGUGGAUUCAGUCUCCAGGCUCCUCCUGUUGGGCCUCUUCAAUCAAGGCAGGAACGGCAGCUACCAGAAACAUUCAAGAAAGCCAGAGAGAGUGUGUUAGAAAAGAAGAACUCUUUGGAUAGUCCUAGAAACAACAGGAUGGAAGUGGCACAGCACAUUGUUGAGGAGCAGCAGAUGGAUCAUGUACAGAGUCAGAUUGGAAUGAACAAAGAAAACAGCUGUAGGCAGAAUGUAGCUAAACCAAAUCUAUCUGACUCUGUCAGACCAGAAAAGUCUACAUCACAGUCUUCAGACAGCAGCCAGUUUCUCCAAUCACUGCAGGUAAGCACAUCUACAGUGGAGAGCUCAGAGCUUUCAGCCUCAAACAAAGAAGAAAGCAAGAGGAAAGAGGAGAAGAAAACAUGCCCAGCGACCACAGAUGAAGCCAUGCAGGCUGCUGAUGCAGGGCAGGGCUCAGAGAGUGACGCCUCCAGAGGUGGUGAAGCGCAGCCGGGCUCAGAGCCAAACACAUCGAGUCUGUCCAAACUUGACCUUCCUCCUGCCCUAAAACGUGACCUGACCAAACACAUCAGCUCCAAGAACAAAACAGGUAGCCACGAGCCCAACCUGAACAUUGCCAGACGGGUACGAAACCUGAGUGAGUCGCGUAGAAGCGAUACAGAAAAAGACUCGGGGCUCAAGCCAACCGUACGGCAGCUCAUCAGCUCCUCUGGAUCUCGGCGUAAUGUGAACUGGGAACAGGUGUACCAAGAAGUCAGGAAGAAGCAAGACAAAGGGAAAGGCAUGCCGAGGUUUGGGAUAGAGAUGGUGCCAUUAGACCAGGAGGACCAGAGCCAGGAAGAGGACAACAUUCCCCUGCUAGAGGGUUUCCAUUGGGAUUCAUUGAUGGACAUCUCGACCUCUGGCACAUCGCGGAAACGUUCCUUAUCAGAGAGCAGCAUCGCCCCUGCAUCCACUCACUCCCUCUUUACAUCCCUGAUGUCAAAGGAGGCUGAGAGAGAAGACCUGAGCUCAGAGCAGCAAGGAUCCUCCGGUUCGGGGAGCAAAGACAAUCAGCAUUGGCAUGAGGUGGAGCAGAUGCUCGGUCAGUCAGAGGCUAAAGCACAGAAGCAGCCAGAUAAACUGACAGCAGCGACGGCGAAGGCCCUCCAGCGGUCUGAUUCAGUGCUCAUAGACAGCAGUUCGGGGACGGAGCAACAGGACAACCAGGGAACAGGAAAGAGGCGGAGGGCGGCUGGGGAUGUACCAAGCACAGAGGCUUCAUGCUUGGAGCACGAUAACAAAAGAAGGAGGGUCAAGUCCAAGAAAGAGCGCUUACAGAUCGACCAGCUGCUGGCCGUGUCUCUGCGAGAAGAGGAGCUGAGUCGCUCCCUGCAGACUGUGGACACCAGCCUGAUUCAGGCCCGGGCUGCACUGCAGGCCGCCUACAUGGAGGUGCAGCGGCUCAUGGUGGUCAAAGAGCAGGUGACUGGAGAGAUGAGCACACUGAGAAACAAGCGCAUUGAGUUACUGAAAGGAAUGCAAGGCAGUAGGGAGGACACACCUCAAGUCAAACUGAAAGAAGAAAAGAUGGAUUCAGUAGACGAUGAGCCGCCACCCAUCCCCUCCUCCAUUACUGUGUUUUCUGACACGGCUGCUGCUGCUGUCCCCAGUCCUGGUCCUCCUGCUGAGCGCGCCUCCCCUCCCUCCUCCAGCCGUCCCUUCAUGCCUGUAGCUGUCAAGCAGGAGCCUCAGUCUCCUGUCCAUGUCGGCUCAGAGCUGGACCCUGUGGACGACAUAACCCCCUUUGCUCACAGCACCACUCCAGAGCUGCAUGUCGCUCCUUCAACAGAUCCUGGCCUUAGUCUCCAGCUGACCCCUGAAAGAAAGCCUGAGCUGUACCAUACAGAAUGUAAGUGGGAGAAGUUUGGCGAGCCUGCAGACUGCAAAGAGAGUUUGUCAGCGCUGGUUGAGACAACAGAAAAAGCCAUUCAGGCAACGAGGAACAGUCUCAGCCCUUUGCCUGACGUCAAACCUUCCACAAAGCUUCUGUCAGCCUGCAGGAGGGACUCUGAGGUGGGGAGUGUUGACGGCGCAAGCAUGCACACCUUUGAGCCACCCUCAGCCCCCUCAGCUCUCAACGCGCCCGUCUCUCCGUGUGAGAUGAGGAGCGGGAAGCGUGUAAGGAAGCUGAAGAAGAGGAAGGUGCUGAAGAAGGCCCAAGGGACAGAGCAGCCUGAGAGCAGUGACACCGAGAUAGAUGGAGAGGCCUUGAGGCCGAGGUGGCUACGACCCCGCAGGAGGCCGAGUGGAAGCUCACAGGUCAGCACCUCCACGCAGCCUUCGGAGGAUAGAGACGUUGAGAUGAACGUGGAUGGGACUGAGGACGCUUCGAGGCAGCCGUUUCCAGCCAUCGACCAUGAGAAGGCGGAGCUUAAAUCCCCUAAACACAUGGCUGAGCUUCCCCAGGUGCCCCCAAGUGAACUCAUGUUGAACUUAGAUUCAGAAGAAAGCAUGGAGGUCACUGCAGCCUGCCAGCAGCCCCACGUGGAUACCCUGGUUCCAGCCUCCCCUCCCGCCCAAGUGCCAGACACCUCCAGACCUGAGCCACAGAGCCUGGCCUGCAAUGAGGUCACCUCCACCAGUGACAUGGAUGUGUGUAGGUCCUCUGAGAGUGAGGUUCAGUAUACCUUCACAAAGCCCUUCACAAAGAUAACAAAGACCUCAUCAGACGCAUCAUCUGACCACGGUGAGGAUGAGUUGCCCACCGAGGGUGCGUUCGAGGGCCACCACGAGACGGUGAACGCCAUGCAGAUCCACAGCGGGCUGCUGUACACCUGCUCAGGAGACCGGACGGUCAAAGCCUUCGACCUGGUGAGUCAUAAAUGUGUCGCUGUGUUUGAGGGUCACAGCUCCAAAGUGAGCUGCCUGUUUGUGUCUGCAGCUCCCGGCCUCCAUCAUCGCCUUUUUUCUGGUUCCAGUGACCAGACCAUCCGCUGCUACAGUCUGAAGACUCGGGAGCUGGAGCAGCAGUUCUCUCUGUCAGACCGAGUCCUCUGCCUCCACAGCCGUUGGAAGAUUUUGUACGCCGGUCUGGCAAACGGCACCGUGGUGACCUUUAACCUCAAGACAAACAAGCAGAUGGACGUGUUUGAGUGCCACGGGCCGCGAGCCGUGAGCUGUCUGGCCUCGUCACAGGAGGGAGCCCGCAGGAUCCUGCUGGUCGGCUCCUUCGACAGCACCAUCAGUGUGAGGGACGCCAAGAGCGGACUGCUGCUGCGCACACUGGGGGGACACACCAAAACCGUGCUCUGCAUGAAGGUGGUCAACGACCUGGUAUUUAGUGGAUCCAGUGAUCAGUGUGUCUACGCACACAACAUCCACACCGGAGAGCUGGUGCAAGUCUACAGAGGCCACAGUCACGCUGUUACUGUAGUGGCCGUCCUGGGGAAGGUGAUGAUGACUGCUUGUCUGGACAAACUGGUGCGCGUCUUCGAUCUACAGAGUCACGACCGGCUGCAGGUCUAUGGUGGACACAAGGACAUGGUGAUGUGUAUGGCUGUCCACAAGAACAUGAUCUACACGGGGUGUUACGACGGCAGCGUGCAGGCCGUCAAGCUGAACCUGCUGCAGAACUACCGCUGCUGGUGGCACGGCUGCUCGCUCGUCUUCGGGGUGGUGGAGCAUCUGCAGCAGCACCUGAUCAACGACCACAGCGGCUCCAACGUCCAGACGCUCAAGUGCCGCUGGAAAAACUGUGAAGAGUUCUUCUGUGCGCGCAACAGCUCCAAGCAGGGGAUGCAGGUGCACAUGCUGAAACACGCUGAGGAGGGGACUGAACUGGAGCCUUAAAGGGGCCGGCGGUGGAAACUUUGCCCCCCCCCCCCUGUUAACCUCCCAUAUUGGGGGGGAUGUUCACGGGACCCACUUAACUUGGCGGCGCUCCUGUCGAGCCUGACGAGUGGCGUCUGACGACUCCAUCCUUCAUGUUCCGUGUUGGAAUCCAACCAUAAUACAGACAUGAAAGGAGGGCUGGUUGUGCUGUUGUUGUUGUUGUUGUUUUUGUACGUUCUGCAAAACACGCCUUCCUCUCUUCCUGUCUGUCUGUCUGUCUGUCUGUCUGACCACUGCAGUAACUCUUUUCACUGACCAAAAAACUAAGACAAAGAAACUUUUGUUAACCGAAGAAGCUUCAGUGUUGCCAGUAGCAGAGGGAAGGAACUUGUCAACGCUUUCCUGUUCAAACUGCAACAGAAACCAAUAAUCAUCUUCCCGAUUGGUUGGCUUCAGUAUGGCAUGGGCUAAGAGAUGUUUUUAUUGUUGUCGAGCAGUUGUGACGUGUUGAGCAACCUCUAGUUAUUUUUCUUACUUUUUUUUUUCUUAAGUUGCUAUUAUUCACUCUUUAACUUUAUUACAGUAAUGAGUGAUUUAAUGUUUUCUAAAUUCCUGGUAUAUCAGUUUAAUGGUGUGAUUAUUUUUUGAAGUGUCAUAGAAGUGACACAUUUUAUUUAUUUUUGGUUUGUUUUUUUUUUCCUUUUUAUUUUUCAGAAAAAAACAAGUUUAUCAAUCUCCUUUUGUUUCAUUAGCAGUUUUGUUGUUGUUGUUGUUGCUCAGUGAUGUUAUAAGGCGUUGAGGGACUUUGGUGCAGUGUUGUGUGACUUGGCCUCAGGUUGCCAUUUGAGAAUUUAUUUUGCAGUGAUAACAGAACCGAGAUGUGUUGACGAUGUGUGUGUGUGUGUGUGUGUGUGUUGCUAUAUGUGUGUAUCUGUGUGGGUUUAUUCUUCCUAAAAGUCGUCAGAGGGGUUUAAUCCCUGUUUUCCAUGAGUGAGUGUGACGUACUGUUUUUAUUACACAAUUUCCUCCUCAGAGAUGUUGUUGAUUUUUUUCCUUUCCUUUUUUUUUUUUUUUUUUCAUUAUUUUAUAUGUGGAGCAUCGAGCCGAAGGCGCCGGAGCUUGUAUUUGCCACAGUCACGAGUUUUCUAAUGAAGUGUGGAGGUGAAGGAUGUUUUGAGGAGGUGUUUGAUGGAAGGGCUUGAAGAGAGGAAUUAGGAUUCAUCUCCCAUGCCAUAACUCAUCCCCUAAAAACUUUUUUAAAGGCACGUUCAGCCAAUUUUAACUGGUUUUGCAGCCCAGCCGAUGCUCUCGUUUGCAUAUCCUGGUGUGUUUAAGGCUCUUUCGCUCGUGUCCUCCUCUGAGGAUUUGUUGUCAGCGGAGAUGACGUGACGUUCCCACAGCCGCCAUUUUCCAAACUCGCCUCGUCCGCUCGUCAUGUAUGACAGAGGAAAAGCGUGCAGUUCACCUCCUACCUGGCAUUCCUGAGUUUCUUCAACUUUUUUCAGUUGUUAUCAAAGUUGUGAAGAGAUAUUUUUUAAGAAAGUGCAAUCAAAAACGCUGUUAAUAAUAAAACGUUGCAACCUCA